GCGUGGAGGCGGGAGAGGAGCGUGGAGGAAAAGAAAAAGAGCCAAAAGAGAGGAAAAAAGCAAACACUUUCACUUGGUGGACCCAUUUGUCCCUCCCCCAGACUCUCUCUUCUCAUCUCUCUCUCUCUCUCUCUCUUCAAACCCUAAAAAUUCACGCAUUUUGGCACAGUUAAGUUCGCUGAAUCCCGUUCCUCUUCCUCUGUCUCUCUCCCCAAGAAAAUCACUCAGAUCAAAGCUCAAAUUUCGGAUCUCACAGCUGUCGCUUCGGUAGAGGAAAGGAUGACCAGAGAACAUCCUCCCGAGCCUCUUGAUUUCUUCAUCUGGACUGUUGAGGUAUAUUCAAUCAAUCAUUCCUUCUUUAUAAGCCUUUCAUGAUGAUCACUUCUUCAAUUCGCAUGUUUCUUGGAAUUGAGCUCUUCAUUAUUAGACUUGUUGGUUGCAGAAUCAUGUUUAUUAAAUUAUUCAGCCUAUUUUUGAUCUGAAUUCAGCCUAUUUAACCAGUUACAGGGUUGAUUUGAUAUUUCUUCAGGUAUGACCCUAGUUUGCCUUAGGCUUGUUCUUGUUGUUUGAUCCAAUUACACUGAUUGAUUUAGUUUACUAUGUUACUUAUUUUUUUUGCUCUUUUGGUACUCUGCUUGUUAUUACAAGAAUAAAUCUCACCUUAAUGAUUGCAAUUACAUCAGGCAAGCUCGAAUUUGACGCACCUCUAGCUAUUGAAGUUCCAUUAGUGGUCAUUUAGUUUACUAUGUUACUUGUCGCUCUAGUCCAAGGAAUCUGUGUUUGUUGAUGUACAUAUACUCCGGAAGUGGUUUUACCUCAGGGUGUGUAGACUGCAGAGUGAUGUUCGCAUAUGUCACUUGUUGAUUUGCUCUUCAGAAAAGGUUGAAUAUUGGAUGAAGAUUAGUUGAUGAAAACUCGAUAACCUGUGCCUGAUACCAAAAAUAGUUAAGAGUUAGUCCACUCAUAUGGAGAAGCUGGAGGUUGUGUGUUGCUGAAUGGUUUUGUUCUAUCAGAUGCUAUUAUGGAUUUUCUUAGUUAUGCUCGUGUGUAAUGGCGAGCAUCUUGUAGAUGAGAAGCUUUGUUCUUUUUUUCUUCAGGAUGUUGGGUCUUGGCUCGAGGAGAUAAACCUUGGGGGCUACCGCCAGAUUUUCAAAGAAAAUGGUGUCAAUGGAGAAUAUCUAGAAAGCAUGUCUGUGUUUACUACCGAGCAGAUCCUUCACUUCAUAAGGAGGCAUCACAUGAAGUGGGGAGACUUCAUCACCCUCUGUAAAGAACUCAGAAGGAUUAAAGUGGCUUGCUUGAAAGGUGAGCAGAGAGUUAGACGGCCAUGGUGGGCACCGUCUUGUCUAUCCGUAGUCUUUGUUAAGGCAGCCAAACGCAACCGACAGUCUCGUGUUGUAUCUCUCAAGCUUGAAUCUUGACAUUACACUUUGGCUGUUUAUGUACGUACUUGUCUCUCUUCUCUUCUCUUGUUUUCUUUUCCUUUUUUUUUUUUUUUGGUUUGGGUUUGUUUGUGGCACAUGCACUAGGAAGAAACAAACUCAAGUCAAAAAAGCUGUUUGGCUUGGUGAAAUCUUGCAAGCGGGAAAAAAAUUAUGCGUUUUGUACUUUGGUGGUGUAUACAAAGCUUGCUCUCAGAUGUUUAAUAUAUGGCUUGUGCAAUCUUUAUGUGACAGAUAAUAGUGUGACGAAUCCAAAGUAGUAAUUUGAUUAUAUGUAAUGUGGAAACCGAUUGAAACCCAGGCGAUAUUGAGAACGUAGUAAUUUGAUUAUAUAUGUUAUAUGUUCCAAUGAUUUUGGACACUAAUAAAAUUAUUUAGGUCACAAAUUUAAAAACUCUAUCGGUGGUUAAACAUUU